AUGAUGACAAUAAGCGAAAGCCAGUUCUCUUCGAACAAAAUGUCCAGCAUCCACACCAUCAACGACAGGGUUGUCCACAGAGACAGCUUCGAUGACACGAAGAGCUCCUCAAGCGUCAACAGCACUCUCAUCACCAAGAGAGGUUUCAAACCCUCAGACAUGUACGACCCUCAGAAGAAGGAAUUCCUCACGAACCUCAGUUAUAAGUUAUUCCCUAAUGAUGGAGACUUGCCCCAAGAACCUGAGCUGGCUUUGGCGCCACCGGAAGGUCUCCCUGAGGAUAUGGAGAACAAGCCGGUAAUCGUCGGCGACAAGGAGGUGGAUCUUAACAAGAUCUUCACGCCAGCACCUGAUGCUGAAGAGCAUAUUAUAAAGAAGGAUCGCAAGUUCGAGAAAACAUUUGCGUCAUCAGCGUUCUACGUGCCAGGAGUACAUCCGACGGUGAAGGAACAGAUGGACUUGGCCAGAUCGAUCUCCAAGUCCUUGAGCGACUCCAGCAACCACAUGAGCAGGGGCCAGAGCAUGUAUGUGAACAGAAAGAAGAGAUCUGUCAAAUGGGUGCACGAAGGAAGAGGUCGAAACACAUCGAACGCAUGUUCCACACCGACACCGGUAGCAAACCACGACACGCCGUACAGACCGCCAUCUAGUCUUCGCAACCAGAAAACUUACCCCAAGUCCGCGCUUAAACACACCACGAACCUGCCAAAAAUGGAGCCAUUCCCCGUAUCAGCACCUACUAUUAACGUACAAAACAUGGAUAUACCACUAUCCCUAGCUCCUACGAAGUUGAAUGAUGUUUAUGCUUCGCCAAAAAGCCCGCGUUUGCCUCUAGUUUGUGGGCCUAAUUUCAACGUAGCGCCACGCGGUUGGGGCGAAAUGAAAGACUAUUAUCGACCAGUCGUACUAGAUGUCGCUGGCUCCUACACAGAUUUUUAA